UAUUUAAGCACAAAGCUUUGUGCUCUCUCUCAUCUUAUUCAAGUGCUCUCCUUGUCAUCCAACAACUUGGUGUGGUGUAUGCUAUUGCUGUUCAUCCUCUAAGAUGCAGAGAAACCUCAUGAAGCUGCUACUGCUGCUCGUAAUCUUUUUCUACUUCUCAUGUCUUUUUUCUGCCUCUGCUUUUCCUGUAACAAGAACCCAAAAUUUGAAAGGUGAUGAAGAAGAUGAAUUUUCGGCCGUUCCUUCUUUAACUAGGCUGGACCAUGCCCUUGGAAAUGGUGAUGAAGUGGUGGUUGAUAUGAAAGAAGAAGAAGAAGUCACAGAGAGAAGGGUUAAUUUGGAAACUCAAGAUUAUGAAGGGACUGGAGCAAAUAAAGAUCAUGAUCCAAAAUCCCCAGGAGGGGUUUAAUCCCAAAAGCCACUAUAUAUUUUCAUGAAGUUAGUAGCAUCCAGAAAUGUAUAAGAGAAUUAAUUAACUUACAUAUAUUUGGUCUUUCUUCUUGUAUAAUCAAAUACGAAUUAUUUUCCUUU